AUGUCGGUUCGACCAGCUUCAGUAGCUCUAGCCGAAGAUGAAAAUCGUAGGAAACGCGUUAGAAAAGGAACUAAAAGUUGUUGGGAAUGCAAAAGAAGAAAAGUCAAGUGUCAACUGAGUUCUGAGAACGUUAGUGUUUGUUCUGGUUGCUUAUCACGUGGAACGACUUGUAUAAGUCAAGAAUAUCCAGAAGAACAUGAUUCUUCAGGCGGUCCUCAGCUUGGUGAACGCCUCGGUCGUAUAGAGCUUGUUCUCGAAAGAUUGAUGUCUAAAAUGGAACAGUAUGAAGAGCAAGACAAUGCGACUAAGAUCCAUACUCCGGAAAGCAUGGGUACUGGUGAUGUUCUUGCACCAUUUGUAAACACCGCCUCAAAUGGAUACGACAGUGCUACAACUGUACCUAUUCUUUCCCUUUUUGAUAAUCCUGUUCUAGGUCGCCGAGAAAAGGAAAGCCAAUCCGAGAUCACAACCCCAAAAUCUCAACCAAGUGGCGAAAAGACAACCACUAAGCAAUGUUGCAUACCAACAAAGAUUGAAAGGAUCAAAGAUGUUCUAAUGGAACUUCUUCCAUCACAGGAAGCCACGAACAUACUCUGCUCUUUCUCUGAUUGCUGGCUAUUGAUACAUUCUUUGACAAACCACUCAGCUCAUAUUAUGCUAGAGCCAUCAGCAUUUAAUCCGAAUCAUUCAUUCAAUGUUCCCAGCAUCGCAAAAGAAAGUCCCGCAAUGAUAGCACAAAUACUUCUCUACAUGGCUGUAUGCUUACAGCAAGUACCUCAUGGAUACGACGCAAGCCAAUUAGGAAUCACCACUAGUAUCGAAGCUCGAGUAGAUAAGAUCAUAUCGACAGUGUCAGGGCUCGUGACUUCAGAUGACGAACUUGUAGCUUCUGUUCAAGGACUGGAAUGUUUAGUACUCCAAGGAUUGUUUCAUAUGAAUGCGGGGAAUUUACGUCGCGCAUGGCUUACAUUCCGUCGAGCUAUGAAUAUCGGUCAGCUUAUGGGUUUACAUAAACGCGAAGAGCUUAGUACUACACCUUUGCCACCUGGUGGAGUCAAUCUUUGGAGAAGCUUGAUGCAGGCAGACAGAUAUUUGAGUUUACUUUUAGGCAUGCCUGCUGGAGCGGAGGAUAGUGUGAUCUUAUCUCACGAGACUUUUAGCAAUCCUAACAUUGAUCAUGACAUUCUAUUCAUCAGGAAACUUACAAAUUUGGCUGGAGGGAUUAUUGAGAGAAAUCAAUCCGACUAUAUUCAUGCAUUUGCCAGUACUCAAGACCUUGAUGAGAAACUCGAAAAUAUUGGUAGGGGAAUGCCUGCAUCUUGGUGGGAAGUGCCAAGUUAUAUCGAGACCAUCAGUAAAGAUCCGAACUCCGCCUCAAAAUUUGAUCGAAUCAUGUCACAAAUCUACUACUUUCAACUGGAAUCAUUUUUACACUUACCAUUUAUGGUUCGAGCUGCUACCGAGCGUCGUUACGAAUAUAGUAAAUUUACCUGUCUCAAAUCAUCUCGAGAAAUCAUAUCCCGCUAUCUCACCAUCAGACGCUCAGGCACCAAAUCUUUUUGUUGCAAGGUGAUCGAUUUUGGAGCUUUCACGGCAAGCGUAACUCUUCUCUUGAGUAUACUGGAAGUCCCUCCAGUAGGCGGCGACACAAUCGCAGUCCAAGGUCAAAAGAGAUCUGACAGAGAGCUUGUUGAAACUGUCUUGGGUGUCAUGGGCGAAUGCGCUUCAGAAGAUGAUGUAAUGGCCACUCAAAGUGUCGAAGUUAUUAAAACCCUUCUCGCAUCAACUAGCACAAGUGGAAAUCUUCGUCUCACAAUUCCUUAUUUCGGUACAAUUUCAAUAGCACGUACACCUGUGUCUUCAACAACCGCUACAAAUAUCACCCAAUCAACUCCCUCUAUCGACGCUCAAUCUUUGAAUACGACUCCGUCUCUUAUGCAAAGUAUGACCCCGGGAGACUCACAGCAAGUGCAGAAUGAAUUCGACAAUUCGCUUAAUUGCCCAUGGGCUGCUGCUCAACCUAUUGUUUCCUUUAAAAGUAGUCAGUUCCCACCGCUGGAGCUGGAACAACAAAUAGAUGAUUGGUCCAAUUUGCAAGUGGAUAAUACGAUGUUUUUUGACAUCUCAAAUCUAAAGAAAAUGCCAUCUUCAAAACUCAGGAGUGGCUGGGACACUCAAGGUGCCUUGAAGCCAGAAGAACGAGACCCUACCUUUUCUGUCCCUCAAGACUACGAGGAAUAUUGGUUCCCUUCACACCAGAAGGCCUCGCGUAAUUACGUGCAAAGACCACCUCCUAUCGACUCAACCCGGUAUAGGUAUCAGUAUGCCAGAGAUGACAUUCCUAGUGCUGAUGAACAUUACCGCGCACAAAAACAGCAAGAACAAGCAAAGCAACGACAAGAACCCAAGCCAGCACCGCCGUCUCCAACAGUCAGUCUUAUUUCGACAUAUGGACAGAAACCUAUGCAUGGCAUACCUAAUGCGCGGGAAGAAUCGCAUCAUCCUGUUCGAGACCAUCGAACAGCGAGAAAAGAUUUGGGACCGCCAGUAUGGGCUCAACGCAAGCCACCUGUUUCUAGACCGAAAACUAGUAGUGAAGAGGGAGGCUGCUGCUUGACUUCGUAUCUUCAUCGCCCAAUCCUCAUCUUCCAAUCCACGACCCAGUCCCUAAAGUCUCAAAAUCCAGUAAUCACAUCAACUCCAAGAGCCAAAAUGCCGUUGAGUUAUAAUCCCUGCGACCUCUCCAGCUUUGAGGGUCCUAACGUCAAGCACAAAGACGCCAAACCAAGCAAUAUCGCAGCCUAUAAACCAUCCGUCGAAGAGAAGAAAUACGAUCCAAGUCAAGUCACCUUCGCAAAGAUGGGGGAAAAGAAAGGUUUCCAAGGUCGUAUCAAGGGAAAAGAUCCUGGAGAAUUUCACGCCAUGCCGCACAAUCCGUUCCAAAAGUCAAAGUUGGCGAAUAAGUCAGCUCCAAAUGAUAGGACUGUCAAACGAUCAUGGCUACACUCCAAACUCCACUUCCAACUACCUGGGCGUAAUCGGAAAAAGUCCUCUGAGCCCCAGGGAAAGCCCGGUGAAGCUUGGCGGCAUGAAGUCGCUGCUCCUCACUCAAAUUCCAUCGCUGAGCCCAGAAAGACGCCUUCACAAACGGGAAAAUCCCAGAAUUUCGCGUCACCAGCGAAAGAACCUGGCCGGAUUGCGUAUAUGGCAAGAGGAGGAUACCUUGAGUCUCCUCAAGAGGAGCCGACCAGGAGUAGGGAGCCUCCUUCUAUUAGGCUAUCACAAGAACUUCGACAGCCGUACUCACAAGCACAAGACUCUCAAGACCCACCAAUACCACCACCAGCUUUGACGUUUUCAAAGGAGCAAGCAGGUUACUAUGAUAGUCUAUCUCUAGAAACGCGUCAAACUUAUGGAUACCCACUUCCUACAAAGUCAUCUGAAUUUAAAAUACCAAGAAAGCCAUUAGAAAAAUGUGAAUAUCGUCUAGACGAGAAUAUAAAAGUAGAAAUUGGGAAGAAACUCAAUUUUAUCCGGCCACAGAUAAGAGAUAUCCCACCGCAAGCAAACUCCCCUAAGCCGAAUUCGGGAGCAGGAACAUGUUCGUCGCGAAGCAGUAUCUGUUCACGACCACCUCAAACCCCUUUAAUAAUGAAUAGCGAAGGGCAGAUGAGGGAAUUCUCCGAUUUUGAGCAAUUCCAGCCAAGAAAAGGAUAUCAAAAGUUACAACAAACUCUGAAGGAAACCAAGCAUGCUCGACCACAAACAGUAACAGCAAGCGAAGUGCAAAGAUACAAGUCCAACGCAGGCUCAAUUCAUCAUAACCCAUCACGAAGAUCCUCGAUGCAAUUUUCGGAACCUUCUCAUUCAAGACCCGGAUCCAGCAGGAUACAUUCGGCAGUUCAACAGUUCCAGGCACAACAAGGCUUGACCUUCGAAAUGUUAGCAAAUCAAUAUGACAGUCUAGAAGCGCAAGAUCGUCGAAUUGAAGAGCACCACCAGUCAUCAGCAGAAUCUCUUCGGUCGGAAGCAAGAUCUCAUAAGUCAAGGGCGGUAACCACUCCUCAGUCACCUGGAAGAAUUCACCAGGUUGAAGCAAGAUCUUUACCGCCAACACCGCAGCCGCAUCGGUCCUUAGAAAUAUCUGUUCAUUCAUCAGCAAGAUCUUAUAAAUCUCGAAGACCAACUAUUCCCAAACCAUCAGAAAACAUCAGUCAGUCAGAAACAAGAUUUCUAGAACGAAUGCCAAUAACUAAUUCAUCGCACCAACCGGCAGCAAUACCUAUACAUUCAUCAGCAAGACCUUACAGACCUCGAGCACCAAAUAUUCCCAGAUGGUCAGAGAAUAAUAGCCGGUUAGGAACAGGAUAUCUACAACGAUUUCCGAUAUCACAUCAACCACCAGCAAUACCACAUCAACCACCAUCAUCAAGACCUCACAGACCCCAAACACCACUCAUUCCCAAGCCACCAGAAAACACAAACAAGCUAGAAGCAAGACCCUCGCGGCCAGUCCCAAACACCCUCAAGAAAAGAAGAGGGCGUCCUCUGAAAUCACCGCAGUCACGUUUAGAUAGAGUCAAGCCACCGGGGAUGGUACCACUGGAAUCUUAUGGAAUCAUCCAAUUCUCCACUUUGAGGAGUGUUGGUAUAUUGAAGUCACCAGUCACUAGACUUUAG